AUGAGUCACAAUCACAUGUCGAUGGGCUCUAUGGGCAUGUUGCCCGCCCUCACAGAAUGGCCAGAUUUCUACUACGCAGUAGUGGGGGCCGCAGUGGGCAUCGCAACAAUCUGCAACGCCUACAGCUACGUGCUCUACCGCCAAAGACUGCUCGCGGUAAGAGGAGGUUCACGCACACCUGCAAAACCGAGGUCAUGGUUCGCUCUCGGGAACGCGACAGUCUUCGCCUUAAUGCGCGAGGCAUCCAACUUUUCCAUCCGUAUACCACUAAAGGGUCGCAUACUCAGACUACCAACCGUCGGGCGAUCAUCAUUGGUUGCAGCAAACAUAGUUGUGCUGGUCGUUCUAUGUUUGUACGGCUUCGAUGUUACGGACCAAUUCAGUAUGGAAAACAUUGGCUUCCGAUGUGGUGUCGUUACGAUCGCCCAACUACCCAUCAUCAUCCUGCUAGCGGGUAAAAAUAAUAUUAUUGGGUGUCUCAGUGGUGUUAGCUACGAACGUCUGAAUUGGUUACACCGAUGGUGCGCUCGAUGUAUGCUCCUUACAGCUACCAUGCACAUGGGGUACUUUUUCAGUGCGUGGGCUCCGUACGACUACAUCGGCUACCAACUCAAGAAUAACAAGAUUGUCUGGAAGGGCCUUGUCGCUUGGUGCACGCUGGCGUGGAUCGUCUUCAGUUCUAUGACACCUAUCCGAGGAUGGAACUACGAGAUAUUCGUCAUCCAACACAUCGUUUCUUUUGCGGUGUUUCUUGGGUUCGUCUACAUUCAUACCCCUAUUGAAAUGAACGGUUACGUAUGGGCAUCCGUUGCCAUUUUCCUGUUCGACCGCGCCUUCCGCGCGCUGCGAUUACUAUAUAUCAACACGUCACUCUUCCAUCCUUCGUUAAAGAAGCGGGGCCAAACAAAUGGCCUUUGGGCAUGCAAGGCUGAAUUCACACCUCUUCCGCACAACACCACACGAAUCGUUAUCCCCAAUCCUCCCAUCAGCUGGACUCCUGGGCAGCAUGUGUACCUAUCCUGUCAUUCCGUAGUGCCACUACAAAGUCACCCGUUUACCGUUGCAUCAAUCCCGGAAGAUGGAAAGAUGGAGUUUUACAUCAAGGCCGAAAAGGGAGGUACAAAACGAUUCUUUAGACAUGCGGAAAAAUCCGGUAGUCUCUCUGGAGCAACUACAAAGGCCAGAACAGUGGCCAUAGAAGGUCCAUACGGCACUUUGAGACCACUUCGCCAAUUUGACAGUGUAGUUCUUCUUGCAGGGAGUACUGGCGGGACUUUUACCCUCCCGCUCCUCCGUGAUCUCCUUCAAGGCUGGAAAGAGAAUGCUCGUGGCAAUGUGGGCAACGCCACUUCAUUCUUCAAAACGCCAACAGGUGCGGCCACGCGGCAUAUUCGCUUCGCAUGGGUCGUCAAGAGUAGAGGCCAGCUAAGUUGGUUCGCCGAACAACUUUCGUCGGUCUACACCGAAUUUCGAACGCUACAAGAAACACUUCGCGACAUCAAAUUGGAAAUGACGGUCUACAUCACUUGCGAUGAAUCUUUCACCGAAGAGCACAAUUCCUUGCUCUCAGGCAUAACUGCACCCAACGCGAACACGGCGCGGCAAAACGAUCCCAAGCACGGUGCAGUACAAUAUAGAUCGCUCCCGCAGAGAACCGCAUUGAACAGCGAGACGAAAUCGGAGAAAGUAGCAUUCCAAGAAGUCGCAUCUCUCGACUCUGAAAGCCUUGAUAUCCAACAAACAUCCUGUGGUCCAAACGGCACAUGCUGCUGCCGCGCCGCCAUCGAUGAAUCAGAUUCUCCUUCAGCCGGUAAAGCAGUAUGCUGUUGUUCGAAACCCAAAGCCAAUGCUUCAUCUCGUCCUACUUCCCUCGUACCUUCCAUCCCUUCUUCUCAUGAGCAAAGCAAGAGAGUCGUCGUGCAUCCUGCGAUAGCAGUAUAUUCUGGCCGACCAAAAACACGCGAUAUCAUACGCAGGUCAUUGGAACAGGCACUGGGAGAAAGUGCAGUGGUGGUAUGUGGACCGCAGGGAUUAGUGGCGGAUGUGAAGCACGAUGUUGUUUGCUUGAGUGAUGAGAGGGCAGUGCAUAAAGGGACUGGAGCGCAGGGUAUAUAUUUGCAUACUGAAAGCUUCGGAUGGUGA